GCACUUUCUCCUCUAGAAUAUUCAUACGAGUGUUUUUCUUGGAUUAAAUAAAACUUCCAUCACUGUUCUGAGUGAACUCUGAUUUUCUUAUCCUCUAGAAUCUUCAUACGAGUGUUUUUCUUGGAUUAAAUAAAAGUUCCAUCACUGUUCUGAGUCAACUCUGAUUUUCUUAUGUAGUAUCGAUUGCUAGGACUGACAGUAAUCGAGGGCAUAUAGGGGGAAGCAAUGCAAAAUUUGUCAUCUAAAUAUUGGUGGUGACUACGCUUGUGAUUGAUUUGAGAGCUUUAACUGAUCAGGGAUUCAUCAGACUUCUUUGUCUCUGCAAAAUCUGUCUGUUUGUGUUCGAAUUGAAAAACCGGCUGCCAGAAGACCCGAAACCUUCCGCUUGCACUUAUCCCAGCCGAUGCGCGGGUUCAUCAGACUUCAGAUCGAGACAACUGUUCAAGCGGCCAGUGUGUAGGGUAAAUUUACCGGCCCACAAGCAGUUAUUGUAACACAAUAUGGGUUGGCUAACCAAAAUUAUGAAAGGCUCCAGCCACAAAAUCUCUGAAGGGCAAUAUCAGGCGAAGUAUGGGGAUGAAAGAAUUUGGGUCGGCCCUUCUACUACGGAUGCAUGGUCAGAUUUUGAGACGGAAGACGUUGAUCAUGCUAUUGCACUUUCCCUUGCGGAGGAAGAUCAUAAAGGGAAAAAAGUAAUUGAUGAUGAUACUGAUGCGUACCCAGAAAAAGAUGCUGAUACUGAAUCUCAUUUUGAGGAAGAUGAGCAACUUGCCAAGGCUCUUCAAGAAAGUCUGAAUAUUGAUUCUGCACCAAGAUAUGAUUAUGGAAAUCUGUUGCCACCCUACCCAUACUAUUUUCAGUCUGGGUACAGGAUCUGUGCCGGUUGCAAUGCUGAAAUUGGUCAUGGACGAUUCCUGAGUUGCAUGGAAAAUUUUUGGCACCCAGAAUGUUUCCGGUGUCAUGCUUGCAAUUUACCAAUUUCGGAUUAUGAGUUCUCCAUGUCUGAGAAUCGCCCCUACCAUAAAUCCUGCUAUAAAGAGAAGCAUCACCCAAGAUGUGAUGUUUGCAAGAACUUUAUACCGACAAAUGCAGCUGGUCUCAUUGAGUAUAGAGCACAUCCUUUUUGGCUUCAAAAAUACUGCCCAACACAUGAACAUGAUGGGACUCCUAGGUGUUGCAGCUGUGAAAGAAUGGAGCCAAGUGACACGAGAUAUCUGGUGCUUGAUGAUGGUCGGAAACUAUGUUUGGAGUGUCUGGAUUCUGCAGUCAUGGAUACACAUGAGUGCCAACCUCUUUACCUUGAAAUACAAGAUUUUUAUGAAGGCUUAAAUAUGAAAGUGGAGCAGCAAAUUCCAUUACUUUUGGUCGAGAGACAGGCUUUAAAUGAUGCCAUGGAAGGAGAGAAAAAUGGUCAUCAUCACUUGCCUGAAACAAGAGGACUCUGCCUAUCAGAAGAACAAAUCGUCAGCACUAUUUUAAGGAGGCCGAGGAUUGGGGGCUACCGCAUAAUAGACAUGUUCACAGAGCCUUAUAGGUUGGUUCGUCAUUGUGAAGUGACAGCUAUCCUCAUUUUGUAUGGCCUCCCUAGGUUGCUGACUGGGUCAAUCCUUGCUCACGAGAUGAUGCAUGCAUGGUUGCGGCUCAAAGGUUACCGAAAUCUAACUCCUGAUGUGGAAGAAGGUAUCUGCCAAGUUUUAGCUCAUAUGUGGCUAGACUCCGAGAUUGCAGCUGGUUCUGGUAGUAGUGUUGCUUCAUCUUCGGAGUCAUCAUCUUCAUAUUCUUCUAGUUCCACAUCAUCAAAGAAAGGUAAACGAUCUCAAUUUGAGAAGAAACUUGGUGAGUUUUUUAAACACCAGAUAGAGUCGGAUACUUCAGCGGCCUAUGGAGAAGGAUUCAGAGAGGGUAACCAAGCAGUGCUCAAGUAUGGCUUGAAAAGGACCCUCGACCAUAUUCGGCUGACAGAACGCUUUCCUUAAUUGAGGAAUGAUAUGCUUGGUCGGUCAUUGCUGUCUCAAAAUGAAAACUUACCCUGUUGUAUUAAUUCUGUAUGAUGGAAACCUGUAAUGUAGAAAGCAUGAUAGUAUUCAUUAAAUAAGCAACAUAUGCCUACAUUGUUAUGAGGAAGUUAUGUUACCUCGUUAACAUUGGCCCGACAUGUUCUAAUACUUGUUGAUAUAUAGAAAAAGGAAACAAUGAACACAAGGAAUAGUUGGAUUUUAUAUUGCA